AUGGAUCAGCAAAAUAAGGGUUAUGGUCAACAACCACCUCAGUAUUACUCUCCUCCUCCACAAUCCUACGGCCAACCUCAACAAGGCUAUAGCCAACAAUAUGGUCAACAACAAUAUGGUCAACAACAAUAUGGUCAACCUCAAUAUGGUCAACAACAGCCUUAUUACGCACCACAACCACAACCACAAACUGUCUAUGUUCAACAACAACCACAACACAAGGAUGACAGCUCCAUGUGUCUUGGAUGGUAA